CCGGGGUCCUUCAGGCAUCAAGAAGUCAGCUCUCUUUGAGGACACGUUUUCAGGAAGUGUAGUGACACCAAAAUGAUGAGCCAGGACUCCAAUGAUGACGCAGAGGAUGUGUCCCUGUUUGACGCGGAGGAUGAGACAACGAGAAAGUCCAAGAAAUCAAAGAUCAGGCACCCGCUGGCCUCUUUCUUCCACCUGUUUUUCCGAGUCAGUGCAAUCCUCGUGUAUCUCCUGUGUGAGAUCGUGAGCAACAGUUUCAUAGCCUGCAUGGUCACCAUUAUUCUGCUGCUCUCCUGUGACUUUUGGACUGUAAAGAACAUUACUGGCAGGCUGAUGGUGGGGCUUCGCUGGUGGAACCAGGUUGAUGAUGAUGGGAAGAGUCACUGGAUCUUUGAGGCCAGGAAGCCUUCAUCUCGGGGGAAGACAGCCUCUUCAGACUCUGAGUCUCGUAUCUUCUGGCUGGGCCUGGUGAUCUGCCCCAUUGUCUGGGUCAUCUUCAUAUUCAGCACGCUCUUCUCAUUCAAAAUUAAGUGGCUGCCAGUGGUGAUCAUGGGGGUUGUGCUACAGAGCGCCAACUUGUAUGGAUACGUCAAAUGUAAAGUGGGCAACAAAAGCAAUUUGAAAAGCAUGGCUACCAAUUACUUUGGACGCCAGUUCUUCCGACAGGCAGCUAAGGAAGAAGGACCCUAAAGCACUGAAAGACACAGCUAUGUUGCCACUGUAAUAUAGAGAUAACUAAUUACAAUAUUUUCUUAAAAGAUUAACUUUAAACCAUAAUAUUUGUAAGCAGAUGCCGUAGCAUGGUGGAGGUGGAGGUGGAGGUAGAGGUGGAUGGGUGGAAUGAUCAUUAUGACGUGACUGGCAGUUUCCUGGUAUAUCUAAAUAUAAUUUGAACAAUAUCAAACUGGGGUGGUUUUGGGG